UGCCGUCUACCCAGGUAUAUAAUGACCUGUCCAUUGUUCGCUGAGAGACCCCCACUGUGACGCAAAAAAUCCCAAAACAAAUCAACAACAACAACAACAAGGUUGGACACGUUGUGAGGAGGUUUUGUUUGGUAAGCAAACAUUUUUCAAAACCAAAAAGUCAAUUCACUACAACAGGUUUCAAGUCAUAAUAUUUUAAACGGACAACAAACAAGAUAAACAAUGGGUUGCUGUGGCACUCUUGGACACAUCUACCUUGUGGUUGUGAAUGGACUGUUUAUGCUCUUCGCCAUCAUGUUGAUCGUGCCCGGGGCCGUGAUGCUUGCUGACGUCACCUACGUGAACCAGAAGGUAGUGCCCCUGAUGAAGACGCUGUCCGUGGGGAGCUUCAAUGCCGCCGACCUAGCAGACGGCCUGGCCAUCGUCAUGGUGGCGGCAGGGGGAGUCAUUCUGUUCAUCGCCACCCUGGGGAUAUGUGGGGCGUGUAAGAAGGCGCGGAGCUGUCUCUGUGUUUAUUCCUUGGUUGUGUUGAGUUUAAUUGUGGCCCAGACAAUUGCAGUUGUUUUAUGGAUUUUGAUGAAUGCCGAGGCCCAGUCCUAUUUGAAAUCUCAGCUCUUAUCACAGCUGACCAAUAAGUACUCAAAUGAUGAUCUCACCACAGACGAAAUUUCAACAGCAUUCAACUUCAUGUUUAUGACUCUUGAGUGCUGUGCAGUUAAUGCAGUGACAGGGACAACGAACGAUUUUGACUCCACCCCCUGGGUUACAGGUGGGUCAGCCGGCUCCAAGAACGUCCCCAUCUUCUGCUGUUCUGGUAUUGACGCUAAUUCCGCUGGUGCGGCAUUCACCGCGUGCACUGACUCCGUCAGCACCGGUUAUUACGGAAUAGGCUGUUAUGAUGCUUUCUACAAUCUCGUAAUGAAGUACUCCAUAUACUACAUCGCUGUUGGAAUUACCAUCCUUGUUGUUGAGACGCUUGGAGUUUUCUUCGCCUGUUGCAUGUGCAAAAAUCUGGGAAAGACUGAAAACGGGAAAGUCUGAAGUUAUCUGAGGAAAAGCCCUGAUUGUGCGUUAGAAAGUUAAAUACAUGUAAAUAUAUUCAAUCAUUUGCCUUGAUUGUUUGUUAUAAAGUUAUUGUUAAAAUAAAGUUUUCAAAACCGUUCUGUUCUUUUUAUAUAUACAACAAAUA